CAUUCAUUUGUCAAUUCUUGACCUUGUCUUUGACAUUAUUUCCAUCAGAACCGAGCAUUCAUCGAAACAGGUCCACGCGUAUCGUUACAUCUCGCUCGAAGAUACGAGGACCAGCUGUGACACACGCAUCAGAUAGCAUCGAGGCCCUCCCUCAGACCCUAAACCGGCUGAAGUAUUUGAAUCGUCGUCAGCUCUCCGCUCUUCCGGACCCCAGCAUGAUGUCCGAUUCCUCCGGACUCUCUAGCCCCCCAGAUUCACCCCGAGACGAAACCCGUCAGAACAGUCCGGACUCUCAAGUGAAGAUCUCUGCACACGCCUCUUCGUCUUCGUCCUCUCACGCAGGGCCAUCCUCGGCACCUCUUUCGUCUGGCAAGAGCAAAAAGGAGCAAGGAGAGCCAGGUGAACAGCCCGGGGCUUCCGCAGCCUUCGGCACAGAUGUGGGCGGAAGGACGGCGCAGACCGAAGGUUUCACAGGGAAGAAGACGGUGAAGAAGAGAAAAACAUCUAAUGCGUUCCCUGCUGGUUCAGGUGAACCCGGAGACGCGGGACCUGUACCUGCCCGUAGGACAUCACCUCGGAAGAAGACUGUCAACCUACCAGAGAUCCCGAGCCAACCGGUCGAAGCGGAAUCACCGGCACCUGCCUCUGGGACGAUGGCACCAAAAUUGGCUAUCAAGUUCAAGCUCGGCUCGAAGGACGGGUCGGACCGGCCUCUGGCGGAUGCAGCCAUGGAUGGAUCCGAGAGGCCGACUCUUCAGAGGGGACCUGAGCAAGGAGAGAAGCAGACUCCGGGAACAAAGGGCAAAGAAGUAAAGACAGACUUUAAGGAGGCUCAAGCUGGGCCAAGCAGAUUACCAGAUGAUCAAGAUGAUCUUGGCGGAGGUCCGUUAGGGUCAGUGGACAAGAAAAAGAAGAAGAAGAAGGAGAAGAGGGAUUCUAUCUCGGAUGGCCCAUCGGUAUUGCCGGAACCAGUCGCUGCGCCCAAGACGCAGGCGUCACCACCUAAAAGAUCGACUCCAGGACUGACAGGGAAGAGAAAAAAGCGGAUCGUUGAAAGCGAUGAGGAAGAUCAACAACCUGCAGAGGCGAAAGCCAGUACAGAUGCGAUGGACGUCGAUAUAGAUAUGCCGAUGGAGAAAGCCCCCACACCUGGAGUUGUCGAUGAGAUUGAGACAAGGUCAGAUCAGGCUACCUUUGAGCCAAAGCCCAGCGAUCUUACGCCCGAUGUCGCUGCCAAAUACAGUAGGAAGCCUGAUAAAAAGGCAGCAGGGAAGAAGGGCAAAGGCAAAGGUGGCAAGGCAGAGGUCGACGGUGGUGCUGGGCAUCCAUUGCAUGGACCGAUCGAUGCUACGGCACCUGCCGUCGAGGUCGCAGAGUCGAACGACGCUCUUAGUGAGUCUGGCGAAGCUGGUCUUUCGCAGGCGACGACUGUACCUCAGAAGAACACGGGACGUCCUGAAGGCAGUCACGCUAAAUCGGCCAAGCUCAAGGCGAAGUCAAAGACUGGAACUCCACAACCGGAAACACUACCCUCCAAAUCAAUCAAGGACCUCGUCUCCAGAACCAAAAAGGACAAAGGAGACGAUACGCCAGGCCAAGCGAAGGAUUCAUCCACAGGGACACCUCGCCAGGAGGCAGAAGGGACCCAUAGCAAAUCAGAUUCGACCAAGAGGGCAGCUGCUGCGCAAUCUACUAAGAAGGCCAUCCCGCAGUCUUCGUCGAUGAGCUUCUUACAGCAGACCUUGGCUUCUCUUCAAGGUUCAAAUACGCCCAAGAGGGAGCCCGGCGAAAAGAUCAACAAGGCUUCGACUCCUGCAGAUACGCCCAAAGCGAAGAAUUAUCGAUGGGGAAUCGACUGGAAGCCAAAUGCCGAUCAACAAGCGCAACUGGACGCUUCGAAAGCUCAACGCGAUGCCGAGCGAGAGAGAAGAAGGCUGUGGAAGGCCAACGCUAUCAAUCUGCAAGAACCGCGAGACGCGUAUCGUCUUCAUGCCAUGGAGGAGAUCAACCUCGGUACGGCAUAUCCUCUGGGUAUUGUUCCUACGCCUGAGACGAUGCCUUCAAGUAUUAUUAGGCGAAUGGUCGCGGAACGGAAAGCCGCUGCAGCGAAUGCCGUCGUGAUCGAGACCGUCGAUCGCAUGAUACAGGGUUGAUAUGAUGCGAAUCAUUCCACCCCAUUCAUCUUGCCAGCCUGACUCUCCUGGAGGAGAGUCGCGAUUGAUCAAGCGUAUUGAGGUCUCGCUUUAUGGCGUUUGAUCACGCGCAGCAGGGACGUCCAAACUGGCCAGUUGUCCGAUCUGAUGUGGUUCAUG